GUUCCGGGAUGCGCUGCCGGUACCGGCGGUGCGGGGCAGGUACCGGCGGGACGGAGCAGAUCAUCAUUUUGGAGGAUUCCAGCUCUGAAAUUUCUGGAGUCUGCUGUGUCUAGCCAUAAUGAGUUCGUCACUGGUUGCUUAUGAUGAUUCAGACUCUGAGGCAGAAACUGAGAAGACUGAAGUCCCCAGUACUUCUAGCAGACAAACAAACUUUCCAAGUUCUUCUGUGAAUUGUGUUCAGUACUUUGCACCUAGUAGUUGGGGUACAAAAUCUACAUAUGAAAUGCGGCCUGCUGAGAACACUGACAGUUCUGGCACCAGCCCUGUUUGUGAAGAUCUCCCUGAGCAUUAUACGCAGAAUAACAACACUGAUUUGACAUCUCCUUAUUUUAGGAGACCAUACAGUGGCCAUACUGCAUUAUGUGUGUCCUACAAAAACUAUCAACAUGCAUCAGGCUCUUCAGCAAGCUCUGAAAACAUUGUUUCCCAGAAGAGAAUACAUAAAGACAGUGCUACUGCCAUAAAAGGAAUUAGACCAUAUAUCCCUAAAAGAUUACGUCAAGAAAAUUCCAGUGUGCCUGAAAAAAAAGAAUCUGAGGAGAGAGAGAGCUCAGACUGUGAUGUUAAGCUAGGCAUAUCAGGAGAGAAGACUUUGAGAAAGACCUCUGAAUUAAUUAAGCCAUAUUUGGGAUCCAAAUAUAAAUUAACUGAAGUCCCUAGAAGCUUAAUAUUUUGCAUGUCUAAGCACAGUGGCCCUGUUAAUGAAAUCCAGUGGUCUCCUGUACGAGAACAAAGUCACAUGCUUCUCUCAGCUUCUAUGGAUAAAACAAUCAAGGUAUGGGAUGCUGUAGAUACAGGCUGCUGUUUAAAAACAUAUUCCUGUCACUCCUGUGCUGUUCGAGCUGCCCGGUGGUCAUCCUGUGGAAGGUGGAUCCUCAGUGGGGGCUUUGAUUCCAUGCUGCAUUUAACAGAUGUAGAAACAGGGAAGCAGAUAUUUAGCAGCAAAAAUGACUUUAGGAUCAGCGCACUGAAGUUCCAUCCUACAGAGUCAAAUAUUUUCAUUUGUGGAGGGUUCAGCCCGGAAGUUAAAGCUUGGGAUAUAAGGACUUCUAAGGUGUUACGAGUGUACAAAGCUGCAGUACAGCAGACAUUGGAUAUACUCUUUCUUCCUGAAGGAAGAGAAUUUCUCACAAGCACAGAUGCAGUAAGUCGGGACUCAGCCGAUCGUACCAUUAUUGCCUGGGACUUCCAAAGUGCUGCCAAAAUCUCCAAUCAGAUUUUUCAUGAGCGUUACACUUGCCCAAGUCUGACCCUGCAUCCAAAAGAGUCUGUGUUUGUUGCUCAGACAAAUGGGAACUACAUGGCUUUGUUUUCUGCCCAGAGACCCUACCGAAUCAACAAAAAGAAAAGAUACGAAGGACAUAAGGUGGAAGGCUUUGCAGUGGGCUGUGAAUUUUCUCCAGAUGGAACACUUUUAGUGACAGGAAGUUCAGAUGGCAAAGUGUUUUUCUACAACUAUCAUACUGCUAGAAUUAUUCACACUUUGUCUGCACAUAAAGAAGCUUGUGUGAGUGCAGUAUUUCACCCUGUCUUGCCAUCGCUCCUUGCAACUUGUAAUUGGGCUGGAGAAAUCAAGAUCUGGCAAUAACAAGCAGAAUUAUUUUUCAGGAUGUCUCCUGUUAGUCUGUCAAAGGCAUAGGUAAUAUACCAUGGUAAGCAAUGUGAAAUUGUGUUGUGAUAUGUUGUAAGCAGGAGAGACUGUUGUCAUUCUUCAGUGACCUCUAAGUGUAUGGUUUCAUACUGCAGGUAUGAUGCUCUUGUGGUUAGCUGCUGAGCAAAGUAGUGGUCUUGCUCUCCCCCUUGGCCCUGGUGACAAAUUUCUGGCCCUUUUGUGUCAAUCCUCUGAUGCUCAUCUAGCCAUACCCUGGUUUGAAGAAAAUUAUUGCUCUUUUUAUGUUGCUUUUCAAUGCAGCUUUCUUAAACCAGUUUUUCACUACUUUAGCUCCCUGACCUGGUCAUGGAAGGGUUAGAUGGGCAAUAAUGUGGUCCAAGGCAAAACAGCUUCUAUGCACAAGAAGGGGAAGGUCACAGGGCAGGUGGGUCUGCUGGUUUUGGAAAGGGGUAGCAGUUACCAGCUCAGCUUAUUGUAAAAGGCCUUCUGAGAGUUCCAGGGAAAGGUGUGCGAGAUAACUCAAAGCUAAGUCUGAAUUCAGUAAAUUUGUGUUCUUGAACUGUUUAAACCUGAGUUUUGAACUGACACUUCAGUUGUUGCCCUCAAGAGAGUCAUUCCAAGCUAGUAAUUUAUGACUGUACAUAAACAAAGCAAAACUAUUUGUAAAUAUUUAUAAUGAAAAAAUAAACUUCUUUUUUAAUACA